UAGAAAACGCAACCACGAUAAAUUGAGUCCAAAAAUAUACGUUAUAUGAGUAUAAAAUAAAUUAUUGCAUAAAAUUCAGAGUAGAGUUAACAAUUUCAUUAUUACAUGAUGUGUAUUAAGUUGCAAAUCGGAGAUAUCAAAAUGUACAUAUCACGGCCAUCGACGUCAACUAAUACCGCAACAAAGUCCUCAAGUGCACUUACAGGUAUAAUGGUCUACCAGCGAAUGCAAGUUGAGAGGUUUUUACGCUCAGCAGCAUUUCCUCUUUUGCCAUUGUACUUCCUGUUAGUGCCCAUAGCACUUCUAAUGUUGCUCCAACCAGUGGCAUCGGGUUCUUGCCGAGAAGCGCAACUGUGUUGCAGCGGCCGUGAUUCUUCGUGCGUAGUUCAAAAGGUACCGAUUAAUGCCGUUAUUGAGGAUCUCAGCGAUAAACCAUGCUACUGCGAUCAUGCAUGUUUAAAACUAGGUGAUUGCUGUGAUGAUUUCAAGGACUAUUGUGGAG